AUGUUUUACUAUCCUUCAAUAUUCGCGCAAUUCAACUCCGCCUCGGUCCCGGACGUUUUCAUAUGGGUUGGUAUCGAGGAAGUGAAACGUUUCGCUCUGGCCUUGUACAAAGUCUACCGACGGUAUCGAGUCGAUGGCACGAGACUUCUUUCUUUGGCUGACCUGCAGUUUGCCAUGCCGGAUAGCGAUGAGUUAUGGCAUGCGAGCUCGGAUCUGGCCUCACGAAUACCUGCCUCUUAUGGUGAUAAAAACAAGGAGGAAAAUUGGAUAUCGCAGACUGCGAGGUUGCUACAACCUGGUGGUGCAGAUGGAUGGGUCUAG